CUGCGGUUGUCCUGCCAUUAUUAGCAUAGUUCCUCCUUUUCCUUGGCCUUGCCCCCUCCUUAAGUGUCCCGGGACGCAAGCCCUUAUUGCCAGAGCUCAUGAUUAUGCAGGAGCCUCAUUAGCGUAGCCGGCCCCCGGGUCCCGCCCGGCUCCCCCCAAGCGGUAGCAGCGGCAGCGGCAACAGCAGCAGUGGCGACAUGAGCAGCGGGGCGGCGUCCGGGACCGGGCGGGGGCAGCCCCGGGGCGGGGGGCCGGGACCCGGGGACCCCCCGCCCAGCGAGACACACAAGCUGGUGGUCGUGGGCGGCGGCGGCGUGGGCAAGAGCGCGCUGACCAUCCAAUUCAUCCAGUCCUACUUCGUGUCUGACUACGACCCCACUAUCGAGGACUCCUACACAAAGAUCUGCACUGUGGAUGGCAUCCCGGCCCGGCUGGACAUUCUGGACACCGCAGGCCAGGAGGAAUUCGGGGCCAUGCGGGAGCAGUAUAUGCGCGCUGGCCACGGCUUCCUGCUGGUAUUUGCCAUUAACGACCGGCAGAGUUUCAACGAGGUGGGCAAGCUCUUCACACAGAUCCUCCGAGUCAAGGACCGGGAUGACUACCCCGUUGUGCUGGUUGGGAACAAGGCAGACUUGGAGACACAGCGCCAGGUCCCCCGAUCUGAAGCACUGGCCUUCAGCGCUUCCCACCAUGUGGCUUACUUUGAGGCCUCAGCCAAACUGCGCCUCAAUGUGGAUGAGGCCUUCGAGCAGCUGGUGCGAGCUGUCCGGAAAUUCCAAGAACAGGAGCUCCCACCCAGUCCCCCCAGUGCUCCCAAGAAGAAGGGUGGGGGUUGCCCCUGCGUCCUCCUGUAGCCUAAGUGAGAGAGAAGCAACCAGCAUGAGCUCUUGGGACCACCUAUCCUCAAACCUUGCUGUGUGACUUGAGGCCUUUGCGGAGCCUCAGUUUCCUCAUCUGGGUCUCCCAGGACACACUACAUCCCCCACCCCUACUUCUUGGCCUCCUCUGGGCUGUCACCACUGUGUGCCUUCUACCAAUGCCUCUUUUCCCCAACCAAGACCCUGGUGGGGUGAGGGGUUCUGGGUCACUGCUGUAUAUAACUCCCCUCCCCUUGAAAUAUAAAUGCCACUGCCAAUGUCAA